UACUAUAUCUCGGGCUCAAUCAAAUCUUCAUUACUUUCCAUUGCUUCUGGGAUUGCUUACCAAAAACCAUGCAACACAAAUGUCUCCUAUAUUUAUAGCCGUUGAUAUCUUAAUAAGCAACAGCUCUUCACUGGGCAGAUCUUUCAUCUUGAAGAGACUCUUCGAAAAGAAUGCUUGCAAUGUAAGGCUUGGCUAGACUUGGCAGGAAACAUGACCUCAUUCUCUGGCUGCGUUUCCUAUUGCAUAGCCUGUUUUCAAAAAGAAACAAGCAAGCUUUUCGGCAUCUCCUCUCCUUUCCAUCCAAGUCCCCUUUGCUAUUCAGCUGCAGGAAGCACCAUCAACAAGCACUGGACAGUUGCAAUCUACAGUGAAAGUCUAAUUCUGCAGAUGGAGAAACCGCUGGUUUACUUUUGCAGCGGGGAAGAUGGCUUUACCAGUUAUUCAGAUGCUCUUCUGGAUCAUGGAUGUUGCUCUGUCAAUUCAUGUGUGGGUUGUGCCCUUGCGUGUCGCCGGAGUCCGCGGCUGUUAACCAAUGGCUACUAUGUUCUCACAGAGGAUAGCUUUCUGUCUGAUGAAGAGGGGAAUAUUACACUGAGUCCAUCACAGACAAGUGUCACUUAUAAAGAAAAGUUGGUUAGAAUAUUUAGGAAGAGAAGGAAAAUCCGCAAGUCCCUUGUUAGUCUUUUCAAUGUUGAUGCUUCUAAUCCCUGGUUGAACAGCACUGCUUUAGAGUCACCUCAUGCGGAGGACACUUGGUCCGAAGAAGGCAGCAAGAUGGAUGGCAUCUGGGAUUAUGAUAAUGCUGGCCAUGUUGACCAUGGAAUUGCUGAUGCUGCAUUGAGACACACAACUCAGAGGGCCGAAGGACAUUGUGCCGCUCCAGGCAGAUCCCCUCCUUUGAAAGGUCUGACUUUUACAAAAUCCAGACAGCAACACCAUUCUCCUUGCAUCUUUCGUUUGGCAGAAAAAGAGUGCUCCUGUGAAAAAGCACUGAAUUCUUCUGAGUCUACUGUAAUAAGAAAUGAGCUCUACCCCAUGAUCCUGCUGUCCAUGUGUUUGAUCAUUUCUCUCUGUGUAAGAUUCUUCUUGGGAGUGUUCCUUCCUGCUCUGCUAACCUGCUCACUAUUGGUCAUCAUUUUGAUUUGUUCACCAGCGGUUUUGUGCAAUUCCCCGGUAAAUAUCAACUAUGGUCCUUCUGUGCAUCCGACAUAAGAUAGUCAUCACAUUCCUUUGGGAGGUCAUUUCUUUUCAUAUUAUUCUGUAAUCUUUUCAUUGGAAAACAUUGUUAAAAGUGAUUUAACAAGCUACAAUUUUGUUAAGAAUUUUCACAAUAUACUAGCUUGGAGAAGCCAUUGUGUUUUAGAAAAAAGCCUACUUCACAAGAAUGUUGUAAGAUUAAAAGACCACGCAAGGAAGAAAAGAAUACACAUAUUUGAUAAAUAAUGAUGCCAAGCAUAUAGUCCAGCUUUGCCAAAGUUAUUCUAUCCUUGGGCUAUUGUGUUUUCAAUGUAGAGAAGAUCACGUUUUUUGUAUUAUUUAUCUGAUAUACCUGUAAUUCCAUAACCCAAGGAAGGGCAGAUUUAAGUAUGGGAAAUCUACAUCUGAAUAUAUUACCAGAAUCUCAAUACCAGGUGACAAAUACAGCUAGAAAUAAAAUAUUACUGCACUCAGAAA